UGCCAUGAAGAAGUGGGGUGUAAUCCUGAGCUAGACGGGCAUAACCCAUACUCUAACCCAUAAUUACACUGACCGAUUGCACUAACUGCUCCUCGGAUGUGCAAGAUCCUGAUUGGCUUGUCUUCCAACCUGCCUAAGAGCCUCUAUAUACAUAGUAGAUAGGUAGAUGGACACGCUUGAUGCAUCUCGUGACGAACGAACGGCGAAAUCAACUUGACUUUGUGGGAACUGCUCAAGCCAUGUACUCUCGCAGUCAUUACCAAAUGAGUGGGCAGGUGAAUAUGUAUUUAAGGUAAGCUAAUUCUCCUGGAAUGUGCAGCAAGCCUCCUCCAGUCUCUCGUUCCUUCACCAGAAUACCUUCAUAUCCUACAUCUCAAUUUCUUCCUAAACUAAGUCAACUUCAAAAUAAAUCAACUACCACACGAGGACCAUGAGAGUCUUUGUCACCGGUGCCAGCGGCACCAUCGGGAAGGCAGUCGUAAAAGAGUUGCUAUCUCAUGGUCAUCAGGUUCUCGGGCUCGCCCGUAGCGACGCCGCCGCCAAGCAGCUCAAGGACCUCGGCGCAGAGGUUCAACACGGGACUCUAACUGAUCUGGAUAUCCUUAAGAAAGCCGCGUCCGAAUGUGAUGGCGUCGCGCACCUCGCUUUCGUUCAUAAUAUGCAAGACUACAUUGGAAGCUGCGCUGUUGAUCGAGCCGCUAUCGCAGCUAUAGGCUCUGCGUUGGAAUCGGCAGGCGGAAACCGGGCUUUUGUGAUCAGCUCCGGAACCUCGCUUGUUGCUAAUGGCCAGCUCGCAACAGAGGAUCGAGGGUUUGACGAGAGCGACCCAUUUCGUUCAAUCCGUGGCCCUGCUGAGUCGACCGCAUUGGCAUUUGCAGAAAAGGGGGUGCGUGUCUCAAUAAUGCGGCUCCCAAGCGUGUAUGGCGAAGGCGGACUUGGCUUUGUAGCGCUUAUGCUCGCGGUCGCGAAGUCUAAGGGAACGAUUGCAUACUUGGGUGCUGGAGAGAAUCGCUGGCCUGCCGCACACACUCUCGAUGUCGCGCGGGCCUAUCGACUUGCACUGGAGAUUGGUAGAACGGGAUCCGUGUUUCAUCUGGUAGCUGAUGAGGGAGUACGAACUAAGGACAUCGCCGAAGUUCUUGCGAGAAAACUCGACGUCCCUGUUGUUUCCAUAUCCCAAGAAGAGGCAUUGGGCACUCUUGGGCUGAUGGCGGCUGCGAUGGAAAUAGACAACCCAUCCUCGAGUGCGAAAACGAGAGAAGAUCUUGGGUGGGCUGCAGUACAACCGUCGCUACUUGAUUUUCUGGAAUCGGGGGCCUUCUUAGAGCAGCAGGAAACUCUUCCAUCUUGGUCUCAACGCCAAAACGAAUAAGUUUUCAAGUGCCCCCUGUUGGACUCUACGCAGUGAAUUGUGGACAGAUAACUUAGAGCUACAACCUCAGCAGGUGCUCAUACGGGGAACAAUCGCAAGUUAAAGAUGUAUGGUGAUAACCCCUUCGCACAAACUAUUUCCAAAGGCAUGGCAGAAAUACAUGACCUGGAGCUAGAUAAUAUAUCGCGCGGAAGUAGUACACAUAUUAUCAAACAAAGCUACAC